GUGUAAGUACUGGCACUAUGACGACAACCUGUUGACGUCCAGUGUCAUCAUCGUGUUUCACAACGAGGGCUGGUCCACCCUGAUGAGGACAGUCCACAGCGUCAUCAAGAGAACGCCCAGACGAUACCUGGCCGAGAUCGUCAUGAUCGACGACUUCAGCAACAAAGUGCACCUGAAGGAGAGACUAGAAGAAUACAUUAAGCAGUGGAACGGCCUGGUCAAACUGCACCGCAAUGAGAAGCGAGAGGGCCUCAUCCAGGCUAGGAGUAUAGGAGCCCAUGUAGCCACCCUGGGACAGGUUCUUAUCUAUUUAGACGCUCACUGUGAAGUUGCUGCCAACUGGUACGCCCCUCUGGUGGCCCCCAUAUCCAAGGACAGAACGGUGUGCACGGUCCCUCUCAUAGACUCCAUAGAAGGCCAGACAUUCCAAAUUGACCCACAAGGGGGAGGGGACGAUGAUGGCUUUGCCCGCGGCGCAUGGGACUGGAGCAUGCUCUGGAAGCGUGUGCCCCUCAGUAGCAGGGAGAAGGAGAAGAGAUUAACUAAAACUGAGCCCUAUCGGUCUCCUGCCAUGGCUGGGGGUCUGUUUGCCAUUGAGAGGGACUUCUUCUUUGAGCUGGGCCUCUAUGACCCAGGACUGCAGAUCUGGGGAGGGGAGAACUUUGAGAUAUCCUAUAAGAUCUGGCAGUGUGGUGGCCAGCUGCUCUUUGUGCCGUGCUCCCGCGUGGGCCAUAUCUACCGCCUACAGGGCUGGCAGGGCAACCCACCCCCUGCCCAUGUUGGCUCCUCGCCCACACUUAAGAACUAUGUGCGUGUGGUGGAGGUUUGGUGGGACGACUACAAGGACUACUUCUAUGCAAGCCGGCCGGAGACCCUCACCCUGGCCUACGGGGACAUCAGCCAGCUCAAGAAGUUCAGAGAGGAGCACCGCUGCAAGAGCUUCAAGUGGUUCAUGGAAGAAAUUGCCUAUGACAUCCCCAUGAACUAUCCACUGCCUCCCAAAAAUGUGGAGUGGGGAGAGGUCCGUGGAUAUGAGACCAGCUACUGCAUUGACAGUAUGGGCCACACCAACGGAGGCAACGUGGAGAUUGGACCCUGUCACAGAAUGGGUGGGAACCAGCUUUUCAGGAUAAAUGAAGCCAACCAGCUCAUGCAGUAUGACCAGUGUUUGACGAAAGGACCAGACGGGUCGGCGGUGAUCGUUACACACUGUAACAUGAACGAGAACACAGAGUGGAGAUACUUCAAGGACCUCCACAGGUUCACCCACAUCCCCACGGGGAGGUGCCUGGACCGGUCGGACAUCCUCCACAAGGUCUUCAUCGCAGACUGUGACACCAGCAAAAGCACACAAAAGUGGGAGAUGAACAAUAUUGUAGCAGUUUAAAGCUACGGCCCCACAGAGGGUAUUUUACUCCUACUGGAACUCACUCUACAGGAUAGGGCAUCGAACACUGCACUUCAACUGUCUGCUGCAUUGAGAGGUUGUGUACGUCCAAAAUGGCACACUAUUUCCCUAUAUAGUGCACUACUUCCAGAGCCCUAUGGGCAGGAGUGUCAAUUGUGUAUGGCAGUCAACAUACACCAACUAUUUUAAAAUGGGCUACUAAAGUCAUUCCAAUCCCCAUUAAAUGGCAAAUGCAGUUUAAGCGGCAAUAGCUGGCAGGCCUCCGAGCGGGUGGAAAGACUGUCUGGCUAGAGCACAUUGAUCUGAGGCAGCUUUUGUCUUAAAACAGUGCGGAGGUAGAAGAUUGCUGUAGAUGGCUAUGACACUGCACUUUUGACUUUACAUGGAACUUAACUCAUUUUUAAUCUCGGUGCUGAGCUAGUGCAUAGCAGCUAAUUGCUGUAUGACAUGUUUGUAGAAAGUGAAGUCCCUUAUUGACUGGGGAAUGAAGCUACAACUAGGGUUAAGGUGAUAAUGGCUGGAGUCAAUUUUGCUUGUUUUCGCUGUCUCCAAAUAGCUUUUUAGAGUUGAAAUUGUGUAGGUUUAACUGAAAUGACACCAAUACCUAAGGGCCCUGGUCAAAAGCAAUGCACUAUAUAGGGGAUACUGUGCUCUCUCAACCAUGUCCCACGGAAGAUACUCCUCCCUACACACACUUGGAUAAUGGACAUUUUUUCAGUUGUAGAUGUUUACAUGUUCUUGCUCUCUUCUCUCGGUUUUUACAUCUUAUUGGGGUCUUUGGGCUAUUACUCAGGGGUCUGAGAAUUUUUCUAACUUUAAAAAAACAUUGGUGGAGGAUUCAUUAAUCAAUGUGCAGAAUUCAACAAAUCAAAACCACUUCUAGUAGUCAUGUAAUAAACUGCCCACUAGCUAGGAUUUUAAGAAUACUAUGUUUUUGAAAACUGCAAUGGAUUAUAACCUGGUCUCAGAUCUGUUUGUACAAUGACCCAUAGGUGUUUAAUUGGCAAGAAAGCACAAACAGAUCUGGGACCAGGCUAGAUGGAUAAGUCCACUCAUGAGUCAUGGUCAAGAAUGAACACUGGAUGUUUUGGAAGGACUUACUACUUCAAUGAUGUUGGACUUAGGCACAGUGAAAUUCCAAAAGCUUGAAUUUAACAUGUUGGCUCUAACUGGUGAAUUUCAAAUGGCUAUAUAAAGAAAGGGUCUGUGUUUUUAUAUAUUUCCAGCUUGGUAUGUAAAUGUUGUUGAAUGACUGACAAAGCAACCAGAAUCAGACACCAAUUUGUUCAAAGCAAAAUUAAGAAAAUGUGUUUUCUUUGGGGUAUGAUGUGAUAUGUAUGCAUUUUUUAUAAUGUAAAAUAGGUUUGUUUCUAAAAGAGCUAUGCAGUGAGCCUUGGAUGAAGGUGUACAUAUCUAACUUAUAAAAACAUAUUGGCUCAAACUGUACUCAUGGCAAUAAAUUUAACCUUUUUACCAAUGA